CGUGGAGUCUGCUAGGCAUUCACAAGAAGAAGGAGUUCGCAAUAUUACCGGCACAAAGAACUCAUCGGCUCAAGAAGAACAGCACUUCGUAGAAGAAGUUCUUCCGCCGGGUUUAAAACAAGCGAUACGUGAGAAUCGUUAUCAACAAGGAUUGUCAACAACCAAUCCUCAACAGCAGGGG